AUGGGUGAAUUUUCAGGUCGACCAGUUGCCCUCAAAAAAGAGACUGCAGGGAUAUUGAUGAAUCCAAGCUGCAAAUACGAGUUGAACUUCGUCCCGUUGCUCACAUUCGCCGACUGGAACGCAAGCAAUGACGACUGUUUGUUGAUUGGUCCAAAAAAUAACGGCGAAGAAAAAUGCGUGUCUGAUACAGGUGAUGAUAGUUGUGUUCCUUCACGAAUCUACGAUCCUUCGCAAUCUCUACAGAAAGCUGUUGCGUUAUGGACUGAAGAGUUUAACUGUGUCAGUAACCAUCCUGUUCCCCCACUUUCGCGCUCUGAAAGCAAGGUGGAAACGACGUGUAGCACAGGAGAUGCUGCGGUCAUGCACGAGCAGACUCCAUUAUCUCAAGAAUCAGCCACGCAACUGGAAGAAAUCUUAAAAUCAGUCGUAAUUCCUUCGGAUGAGACCUCUGCGGAUGCGGCAUCUAACCCAGCAGAACCGUGCGAUGUUGUGAUGGCCGAUGUGCAUGGAUUGGAACUGGCGGACGUUGAUCAAGUAUCGUUGUUGGUGGACAUGUUCUAUCUUCCAUUUGAAUGCGGUCGUAAAGCUUCUGAUUUGUUAGAACAGUUCUAUUGGCUCUACGACAACGCGUUGGUGAUGGAUAUGUCGAAAGAAGCAGUGCAUGGGAUGCGAAGUGAGUGGCGUCGAAGAUUUGAUGAACUUGAAAGUACUGUUCAGACUGUGAACAAGUUCUUCAAAUAUAUCGUUGACUGCCCAAAUAAG